UAUUAUGCCACAGGUGGCGCUUCUAAAGAACACAGUGGAGCAUGGGAACAAAAAUGGCGGCCAAGUUGAAAAAGAGUAACAACAUUGUCGUCAGACUCCGGCUGAAGGAGAUCCGAGGCAGUCUGCAGCCCCACAGUCAUGCCCCUCCUGUCAAGAUGUUCAACAAAACCAUCCCAGAAUCCCUUGUCUUCAACUUGAAGGACCUGGUCCCUCUGUCCGUGUUGCAUGAUGGCCAUGUGUUCCUGGGCUUCACCAAAGAUGGGCAGUUUGUCCUGUCCUACACACAGCUGAUGGAGGCAGAGGCACACACAGGGUACCCUUAUUAUGAGUACCAUCUACACUGGUGGGUGCUGCGGCCGGUAACACCAGAGCAGCCAGGAACAACAAAGCGGCACUUCAAACUACACAAGGUGUCUCAGGUGCGACUGUUUGGAGAGGAGGAGAUCCCAACAGACAUCUACUUGCUAGUGUGCCAGUGGCCAACAGACCAUAAUAAAGUACUUGUGCAUGGAUACAGUUACCACAGUGGUGCCAGCACUCCCAGCUGUGAUGAGAAGUGCUUGUGUUACGUGACUGUGACAGCUGUUCCACCUGCAGCACCCUGCAAGGACUGCCUGCAGCUGCCUCAGCACCUGGAUCCACCAGACCCUGAAGAUUCCCUCAGCACACCUGUCCCUGUACGGUGUCUAAGACACAGCUUCACGCUGCAUACUAAGUACGAGCUGGCCCCUCCGUUCCCGCCCUUCCACCCCAAAGUCAGCCUCAAGCUGGACGGGGUCAUCGUCCUCAAUACAGCUGACUCCCUGGUCACGCUGUCAAUCAAAACUGGAGGGGAGGACAAGGAACAGUCCAUUCAUGUAGGAGGGGGAGAGGAACAGUCCAUUCUGUCUGGAGGGGGAGAUAGGGAACUGCCCAUUCUCUCUGGAGGGGGAGACAGGGAACUGCCCAUUGUCUCUGGAGGGGAGGACAAGGAACUGCCCAUUCUCUCUGGAGGAGACAGGGAACUGCCCAUUCUCUGUGGAGGGGGAGACGGGGACAUGUCCAUUCACACAGAAAGCGGAGACAGAGAAAAGUCCAUUGUUGAGUCCAGAGCUGAUGGCAAUGUUGAUGCAAAGCUGCAAUGCGAGAAUAGUGCAGCAACUACAAGUUGUGAGGACCAGAUUUUAUGUUUCGACAAGCAUUUGGAAAUGCAGAGCUCAGGUGGCAAUAGUUCUUGUGUUUUUAACAUGAAAGUACACUCAGGGAACCAAGAACAUGUGGAGGACAAAGUUGGUGAUCUGAGUCAGAAGUGUGGAGCUGGCAGUGUGAACAAAGGUUCAUGUGUCACAGACACUUGCGGCAGGUGCAGUACCUGUGCAGCUGAUGACAGCUCUGCAGAUGAUGUAUCAGGUGCUGCACGUCUGGAUAUCUUCACAGGUGCAAACAGCUGUAACACCUGUAUAAAUACUAGUAGUAGCAAUGGUUUGUCGAGUUCUGAAUCUACCAAUUGCUGUCCAUGCUUCAGUGCCAAAGAGAAUAAAAGCCAAAGUGAAGAAAGAAAAAGCUAUACUACUUCUGCAAAGGGAACUGGCCUCACAGAUAUUUGUGAAAAGAAAACUGCUGUUCCAGGGACAAGUGAGCAAUGUACAGUACAAACAGCACAUACACGCACACUAUCCAUGGAUAGCGCACUACUGGAUAAUAGGGAUGGUGAGCUAUCCUCAGAUGUGCUGUCUCCUGCUGUCUGCAGGAACAGCACAGCCCAGCACCUCAAGACUCCUGAAGGUUAUUCCCAGCCUUCAGAUCUGUCUACUGCCUCUGACAGCACCACCAGGAACAGCACAUGUACAGCUGUGAACAGCAGGACUCCUGAAGGUUAUGCGCAGCCAUCAGAUCUGCUGUCCGCUGCCUCUGACAGCAGUUCCUGGGACAGCACAGCGCUGGACUGCAGCAGGUCACCAUGUUUCACCUUCACUAGGAGACAGUACGUGUAUAGCACAGCUGGCAAUGGAGACCAUUUUGAAGACGCAGGAGAGAGUGGCAGUGAGUACCAGUCCAUGUUACCACUGGAAGUACACGGAGCAGGAUACUCCUCCAUGAGGCUGUGUAUGGGGGAGGACAAGGGGAGCACCUACUAUGGGCAGCCUGGCUCAGUGGAGGUGCAGGAGUUACGGAUGGAUGCAGAACAGGUGAUCUGUGACAUGGCACGGCAGGACGCAGAGUGGGGGAACAGAUUUGUAGCCUUUACAGACUACGACAUGCAGAUCAUUGAUGGCACAGUCUGUCAUUGCUGUGGGACUCUACCAACUGCAUUGCCAUCAUACCAGGAAAUCCAGGAAGAUAAAAACACACAACCUCUCAUUCAACCAUCUGUUCUAACAUAA